AUGACACCACAAACAGCCAAUGAGUCGAUCCUCCAACGCCUAGAACAGGAACCUAUCGAAGGCACUUAUAUGGCGAUACCGCACAUUAGAGCCAAGAUUUCCCAACUGGAUGACGAGCACGAGUACGAGCCAUUUGCCUCUAUUCAUGGCAACGAAGUAUGGAGUUCGAUCGUAGCCCGCUACCUUGUGGCGAUGGACUGCCACCUGAUACCUCCACUGUGCCGCUGGCCAGGAAACCCAGGGCUAUAUAUGCCAGUUACUUGGUGGUAUAUGUAUCGCAAGGAGACGGGAGUGACGCACUGGCUUGUUUUCGAUUACGAAUACAUAAAAAGUCCGGUUCAGGCAGUACACUGGGAAGAGAAGGAGGAAUUGCUCCGCACGAUUAUUUCAUCGAAGGCCGAGGACGACUAUCUUGCAUCUGUUAAAUUCGCAAUGGCAUGCUGUGGGAGAGAGGUUCGAUUCUACGAGUGGAAUCGGGAGUCCUGGACGCUUGACCCCCUUGCCGACGGUGGUCCAUUCAGAGUCGACCGUGAGUGCCAGUCCGUCACAAAAAUCCUUCGACAGCUUGGCAAGGAAUAG